UCGCCCACGACUGAAAUUGACCAAAAAUGGGCAACUGCAAUGGUCUCCCCUCGACUCUCUCGCAGCUCCGUAACGAUUCCGAUUCUUCCAAUGCCGUCAACAACAACGUCCACGUCAAGCCCGCCCCGUCUCCACCUCCCUCCACUCGCCCCCACCCCUCUGCGGAUAAUCAUCCCGGCGGAACUGCUAGCGCAGUUGGCCGUGUUCUAGGUCGCCCUAUGGAAGAUGUCCGUUCCACCUACACCUUCGGUCGUGAGCUCGGCCGUGGCCAGUUCGGCGUUACUUACUUGGUUACCCACAAAGAAACGAGAGGGCAAUUUGCUUGCAAAUCCAUCGCCACGCGCAAACUCAUCAACCGCGAUGACAUCGAGGAUGUACGCCGCGAGGUCCAGAUCAUGCACCACCUCACCGGCCACAGAAACAUAGUGGAGUUGAAGGGGGCGUAUGAGGAUAGGCAUUCUGUGAAUUUAGUGAUGGAGUUGUGUGCCGGAGGAGAGCUGUUCGAUCGGAUCAUUGCCAAAGGACAUUACUCUGAGAGAGAGGCUGCGAGGUUGUUUAGGCAGAUCGUGACGGUGGUGCACAAUUGUCAUACAAUGGGCGUAAUACACAGGGAUUUGAAGCCUGAGAAUUUCCUGUUCUUGAGUAAGGAUGAAAAUUCGCCACUAAAGGCUACAGAUUUCGGACUCUCGGUGUUUUUCAAGCCAGGGGAUGUGUUCAAAGAUCUGGUUGGAAGUGCUUUCUAUGUAGCUCCUGAAGUAUUGCGACGGCGUUAUGGAGCUGAAGCUGAUGUUUGGAGUGCUGGGGUGAUCCUUUACAUUCUCCUUAGUGGGGUCCCACCUUUCUGGGGAGAAAAUGAACAGGGUAUCUUUGAUGCUAUUCUUCGGGGGCACCUUGAUUUCUCAUCCAAUCCAUGGCCUUCCAUUUCCAGUAGUGCUAAGGAUCUUGUGAAGAAGAUGCUACAAGCAGAUCCAAAAGAGCGGUUUUCGGCAGUUGAAGCCUUAAAUCAUCCAUGGAUGCGAGAAGAUGGUGAUGCAUCUGAUAAGCCUCUUGAUAUUGCUGUCUUGACUAGAAUGAAACAAUUCAGGGCAAUGAACAAGCUGAAAAAAGUUGCUCUAAAGGUAAUUGCAGAAAACCUUUCUGAGGAAGAAAUAAUGGGCUUGAAGGAAAUGUUCAAAUCCAUGGAUACAGAUGGCAGUGGAACAAUUACCUAUGAGGAAUUAAAGGCUGGCCUUCCUAAACUUGGUACCAAACUUUCUGAAUCUGAAGUAAGGCAGUUAAUGGAAGCGGCUGAUGUUGAUGGAAAUGGAACAAUCGAUUAUAUUGAGUUUAUAACAGCCACUAUGCACAUGAAUAGAAUGGAAAGAGAGGACCAUUUGUAUACUGCUUUCCAAUACUUUGACAAGGACAAUAGCGGGUAUAUUACAAGGGAAGAACUGGAGCAUGGUCUUAAGGAGUAUAACAUGGGCGAUGAGAAAACAAUAAAAGAGAUCAUUGCGGAAGUUGACACUGACAAAGAUGGUAAAAUCAACUACGAGGAAUUUGUGGCUAUGAUGAGAAAAGGCAACCCAGAACUUGUUCCUAACAGAAGACGCAAAUAAUCUGCAUACGACUUGCAGGUCUUCUGGCUUAACAUCACCGGUUGACUAGUUUGUUGAUUGUAGAGGAAAUGCUUUUGCUGCUUGGAAUCUGAGGCUAGACCUUGCACGCUUUAAACUGCCACUGGCUUUCAUUCGUUACAGAAAUGACCUUAGAUUGCCCUCAAACUUCAUUAGAGCUUUUAAUUCUGUGCUGGUUAGGCAGAUUUACUUGGUCAAAUGCGAGAACAAAGUUAGAACUACAAUACGUGUUCCUCCCAAGUUUGUUUCCUGGAUGAUCUCUAUUUUAGAUUUGCUUGUAUGUUUUUGGAAGCUGUUUCUGCUACCAAAGGAAAUGUUACUGCCACGAAAAAAUCUAGCUUCCCUUCUUUAACAGAC